AUGACCGUUGCCUACUCCUCGGUACUUGGAACAGAAUGGGAUAUAAUUGAUGCAUACUAUUCAGACGGGAAUCUAUAUUCAGAACCAUCUGUUAUGCCGACAAAUACAAUGAUGCCUACAACCGAAACUCUAACAACGGAUACAGAAACAUUAUCGUCUAGCUCACGGAACGAGUCCACCACCAACACCGUACCUGCAACCACACUUGCAGUGAUGGCGUCCCAUACUGACGGUGAUGUGACGGAUGAAAAUCAGACGAACGUUUCUUACGGUGAGUUUUGUCCGUUUGGGUUCAAAGUAAAUGUGCGAUUGUAG